ACCAACAUGGCGGCAAAUUGUCUGCAUUUUACGUUCUUGAUUCUAUUUUUUGGUCGUUGUACAUGGUCACAGUCUGUAUUUUUCGAUUUUAAAAAGCCUUCUGAUUGUCAAAGUGAAAAUACUCCUAAUGUCCCGCAAUAUUAUGACAUAUCGACAUUAUCAUGUAAAGACUGUUCACAACCUAAAACGUUUCAAAGGACGAGCUCUGAUGGACUGCGAUGUGAAUGUCAACCAGGAUACAAACAUGUGAGAAAUUUUGGAGGUUCAGAAAUAACAUGUGAAGCCUGUGGAGCUAAUCAGGCUGCAUCAGAUGAUGGAUGGGAAUGUGUAAAUUGUGAAACUGGAUUUAUUCCAGAAACUAAAACAUGUCAAGGAUGUCAGCCUUCCCAAGUUUCAGUUGAAAGGAUGGUGGAUGGAAAUUGGGCAACAAUUAACACUACUGUGUGUCAAACAUGUGCACCAUUUACUUAUCUAAAUGCUGAUGGUUCCAGGUGUGUACGAUGCAAUGAUAUUUUGUCAAUUAGAGGAGAUUUGUCUACUUGUCAAUGCCCGAAUGAUGAAAAUGAAAAUUCGGCUGGAGGUUAUUGUUUUAACACUGGUGAUUUAGCUCCAGACAAUAACCAACUUUAUGCCAUACCUUUAGAGGUUGGUGGAUCCAAACAAUCAUAUUUCUUCAAACAGAAUGUUAGAUCAGCAGAUGUUAUGUGCAGGGUACAUAAGAAUGUAUCUGCCUGCCACACACUAGCUAAUAUGUGUACGUUAUUAUUCUAUGAUCCGGGAUCAAGUAGAACAGGCAGUACCCAAGCUUGUACUUUACUUAAAGCAAUUCCUGUCACAAAUGAUGUGAAACCAGAAGUUUUAAUAGAUGAUGAUGCUGAAGACAUUAUUUAUAAUGAUGGUAUUCCUACAAGCUACACCUUCACACCACAGAUGCUUAUUAAUUUUAAAGUAGCAAGGUAUAGCCUUGAAGGAAAUUUCCUGGGUUUCUCAGAUGUUACUGGAGGCAUGUUACAGUUGUGUGAAAAUAACGAAAAUAUUCUGAAUGCUGCUUAUGUAUUUGGCACUGUUUACUCUAAAUCUUGUACCAUAUCAGCAAGGUCGUUUUGGGACACAACAAAAUACCCAUUGGAAUUUUAUGACUUAUAUUUAGAAUAUGAAGAUAAUGCAGUAACACAGUUAUAUACAAUACCUAUUCGAAUAUUAAACUAUCGUGAUUUACGAUCUGACCAGGCUAAUAGAGAGGAAAUCCGUAAAUGGCAACUUGUGAGAAGAUUUUUCCUUGUGGACAAUGUAGCCACAGUUACUACUGAAAAUGAAAAUGCUACAGUUGUACGAUACGCUAAAUCAAUUCACCUAUCAAUGGAACUACAGAGUGAAACGAGUAAUGGUAGAAUCUAUGUGCCAUAUUUUACAAUAGAAUAUGGUGAAGUUGAUAGAGAAGCAGCUGAAUCCAAUACUAAAGUCUCAGUAUCAUUCAGUGUUUCAUAUACAAUGAGUCAAUCAAAAUAUUUCCGAGAUUUCCAGAUUGCUGCUGGUAUUGUUGGAUCUCUGUCAUUUUUGUAUGCGGGUUACAGAACCUGGGUCUGGUCCAAAAGAGCGGGAAGAAUAAGCAUAGAUUUUGCUACGUUGAUGAACUUUAUCUUCUUUUUAUCAGCUGCUUUAUCCAACUGUUUCUUUGUCGUUAAUUUUGGUAUAGCUUUCUACUGGCUUGUGUUCUUCAAGCGCCAAGAUGCAGCUUAUUUGGUACACCCUUCAGGACAAUCGUUAUUGGAAUGGCAGAUCUUGUUUGGAUUUUCAUUUGCUCUGAAAGUUCUAAAUGUUUUACACUUAAUCGUUAUGCAGUGUAUGGUAGACAUAUUUUUUAUUGAUUGGGAAAGACCUGUGGCAAGGGCAAUCAAUAACCAAUCACAAGAUAAAAGAGCUGGACAGGAAAUGCCUGUUUCAAUAUGGAGGACAUACUUUGUAGCCAAUGAAUGGAAUGAAUUACAGGGAAUCAGGAAAAUCAAUAAAAUAUUCCAGAUAUUUGCUGUUGUAUUUUUCCUGACUGUUGUCGGUUUUGAGAAUGUAACAACCUUAGAUCCAAAUGGCAGUGUGUUGAAAUCUGAUGAUGAUUAUAAAAGUGAAACAAGUUAUGUCUUUAGAUAUGCCAUAGCAGUUUUGGUGUAUUUGUUAGUUGCUGUUGUGCAGUAUAUUUUCUUCACGUUUAUUUAUGAAAGAUUUAUAGAAGAUAAAAUUCGGCAGUUUGUAGAUUUAUGUUCCAUGAGCAAUAUAAGUGUAUUUAUUAUGUCUAAUGCUAGAUACGGUUAUUAUAUUCAUGGACGAAGUGUACAUGGUAGAGCUGAUACUAAUAUGAAGGAAAUGUAUGAUAUGAUGAAAAAAGAGGAGGAGGAUAUGUGUGGUAAAAGAGGUUUAGAACCGAAUUCAGAAGAACAAACAUUUCAAAUGUCCAUUCCUCUCAAGCUCCGAGCCAAAUAUGAACAAAUUUAUAUUCCUAUUGCACUAGAGAAAGCAUCAGUAGUAGGUCGCAUGGAACAAGGUAAAGGAAGAACACCGGGUUCUCCAUUAGAUAAAAGUAUUGAAGCUUACACAUCCAUGAAUAAAUUCCUUGGUGCCUACAUAGAUCAUUCUGUUAAAGAUUUGGAUUAUAAGAUAAUAAGAAAGGGAAUAGUUGAAAAUAUAAUGGAUACAGAAUUCCAAGAUUCUCUGGACCAAGGUAUUCUGUAUAAUGAUAAUGGUCAUUCUUUUGACCAGGUUUUAUUGUUUGGUAACGAGAUAACCCUGAUUCUCUUUGAUGUUCUCUUUUUCUGCAUGGUGGAUCAUAUAGCUACAAAUUUUGUAUUAGCUGGAGUAAUAACAUACCUAGCAACAGAGCUGGUGACUAUGAUUAGAAUAGCAGGAGGUAAAAGAAAUUUAGCUAGAAAGACUUUAGUUGAUGAAAGGUUUUUGAUAUGAGAAACAUAAAUAAACCUAUAUAAUAAUUUUUAAUUCCUUCCAGUUACACAUAACUUUGUACGCAAAAUGUGAGGAUUUUAUCUUUGUACUUAAUUUUGUUCAUUCCUGUUUGCAACAGAUGUUAAAUUUAGAAUCUUAACAUAAUUCCAGUUAUUUAUAAAUUCCAUCCUAUUUUCAAUGUUUAUUCUUAAUAAUUUUUACAUGUAAUAGAUUUUUUUAUGUUGUACAAAUUUUUGUGAAAAAAAGUAAAUUGUAGUCAUGUAAAUAUACAUAUAUAUAUAUAUUUUAUAUGAUGGAAAAUUAUGAGAUUUAACAUUGCUCUUUUAGGUGUGUAAUUCUCAACAUUUCAUUUUGCCAUUAACACUUGAACGUAACAUCCAGAUAAUAAAAGUAAAUUGAAAUCUGUCCUAUGUGCACGGUUAUGUUUUUAUUUUGUAUUGUAGUUUUAAACGUAGAUAAAGAAUGUUUGGUAAUAUAUGAUUUUAAUUCUGUCCAUGGCUUCAUUAGUCAUAGAUCAGAUGUCAGAUAUUUUAUUUUAUUGAGUAUAAACUUGAUAUGUGUAUUGUACCAUGACACUUAACAAAAAAACCUUUCUAAGUUAAUGUUUUUUGUUUGAUAUAAUUUUUAUUAUCUUGUCUUAUUCAAAUCUAUUGGUAAUAUAUUUAAUCAGAAAAACCUUUAUAUUCUAUAGUUUCACCUCAUCAUACCAGCAGUUAGAGGGCUUGUUUAUACUUAUUUUAAGAAUGUAAUCUUUAUUUGUUUAUGUUGAAAAAUGUUGGGAAGAAAUCAGAGCAAUCCCAGGAUGUAUUUAAAAUAAAGAGUGAGUCAAUGUUUAUAUCUCAACCAUAAAGAGGUUUAAAAUGCACAAGUGGUCAAGUAAGAGAUUAGAAUUUAAUCACCACAGAAAAAUGUUUAUUGAUUUUUGUCUGUUUUAAUACAUGUAAUUUAUUCCGUCCGUACAUCUUGCUUUAUAAUACUUUGUAUAUUAUGUAGAUAAUCAUGUUAAUGAAUAUAUAUUUAUUUUUUUAUAAUUUAAGUAUAGGUUGAGUGUAAAAUAAACAUUUAUACCUUCUA